AUGGUGGCCCGCAGUGGGUCUGGCCGAGGCCGGGAUCGGAGCCGGCGUCGGAGAAGCCGUCAGGGCCGUCAAGGCAGACCAUCUCCACAGACACGCCGAGGUCGAAGCAACAGCAACCGGCGCCGAAAUGACCUAGACGGGCGCAGGCCUGAUCGGUCGCGCCGACGCCUCGCAAGAGGUGGUGGAGACCACCGGAAGCGAGACGAGCGAAGUGAUAGAGGUUCCAGAGGAAACCGCCGUGCUCGAUCAGACUCCGAGGACGAGCCCAGCUUCAAAAGGCUCCUGGAGGCGAAGCGAGCCAAGCGAGCGAAGCGAGAAGGGCGUGAGGAGACGAGCCAAGCUCCUGCCAGCGAGGGCUCGCAGUCGCCAAAAAAAGAUCGCAAGAGCCGGCGGCGCAGGAGACGGAAGGAUGAAGAGGAGGCCUCCGAGAAUGGUGCGAAGGAGCCGCAAGCCGAAGAAAAGAAUGACGGCGACGGCGAUGGGGAGGCUGCGGAAGAGGAGGGAGAGGCAGAGUCCGGUCAGAAAGAGGACACGGAGGUAGAGGCCGAAGAGGAGGAGCAGGAGGACCAAGAGAAAGAGGAGGAGCAGGAGGAUAAGGACGAGGAGAACAAAGAUGAUGAUGAGAAGGACGACGAAGACGCGGAGAAGGAGUGCACUGAAGAAGCCAGCCAGGAGAAGGACGAGGAAGAGUCGCAGGACGCAGAGAAGGAGUCCGAAGCAGAACAGGAGAAGUACGAAGACCUCGCUGUUGAUGCCACCGAGCUUGCUCAGUAUUGGCAGCAGGAGACCCUGCAAGAGGAGGUGAAGGAAGCCGAGGUGGAGGUGCCCGCGAUUGCUGCAAGACCUAAGGUUCGCCCUGCAGCACGGAAGACUGUCCCGUCUCCGGUGCGCAGCCCAUCGGCCAGGAAGAGCGAGGAAGCCAAGGACGAAGAGGAGGAGUCCGUGGCAAAGAGCCAUGCCUCCAGCGCCAGCGAAGAUCAGCAGGAGAACUCGGCCACCGACGCGAAGACGCCCGCAGGACACGGCGACGGGCACGAGAAGAUCAGAGUCAAGCGCAAGCGGCGACGCAGGAAGCGACGGCCGGAGGAUGGAGAUCGCAAGGCGACAGAUACAGAGGAGAAGCAAGAUCAUGCGGACGUGGUGGCUAUGGUCGUCGCAGCUGCUGAUGAGCUUGCUGGCGAGGCUGCAGGUCAGAAAGAACUCCAAAGCAUGACGAACAACCUGGACCACAAGGAUGAGAAAGCCGAUGAUGCCAACGAAGGUUCAGAAGCUGCGAGUGAAGACGGUGAAAAUGAAAAGAAAGAGGAGGGCCAAGAUGUUGAAGAGAAGGAGGCAGCACAGGCUGAGGAGCAGGAGGAGGAGCGGGAGCUUACUCUGAAGAUCGCACUUGAGGCCAAGGCUCUCAUCCAAGAGGUCUACCGGCGCCGCAACCCAGCCAAACUGGGGGAGGUGAAUGGGCUCAUGGAGAGAUAUGCUGGGUCAGAGCUGGCUCUCUACGAGCGGGUCUGCGAGAAGUACGGGGAAGAAGCGCAAGAUAUCGAAGGCAUCUUCCAGAAGGCCGCUCAGGAGGUCGCAAGCAGACGAGCCGAACAGGCAACUGCGCCGGAAGAGCCCCCGCCCACCAUUGCUGCCCGCGCCAAGGGAGCAUCCAAGCCAAGUCGGCGCAACGACGAAGCUCCAGGUGUUGCGGACGAAGCCGCAGAGCAAGAAGAAGCAGACUUACCAGAAAAGCCUGCGGACGAGGUGUUGGCUGAAGCCAUGCAGGAGGUUGAAGAAAGUAAGCGAGAAGAAGAGCCCAGCCGCAAGAAGAAGCGGAAAGUCCGCAGCCCUGGUGGGGAAGAAGUGGCUCCAGAGCAUCGAACUGGCGUGCGGAGGGUGAAGCGCAAGCGCCGAAGGCGUGUACCGAAGGAGCACGCGCAGGCCAAGGUGGAAGGGGAGGAUGGCGACGAGCCGCCGGAGACCAAAGAAGUUGACGAAGCUAGUGAGGAUGACCGGAAGAGUCAAGAAGAGCAGGCGGAGGCGGAGGUGAAGGUUGACGACACAAAGGCCGAAGCGUCUCCUGAAGUUGAAGAAGAAAUGGCGGAAUCAGAAAGGCAGGGUCAAGAGAAGAGCAGCGAGGCAGAGGAAAACGAAGAGGAGCCAUCCCCAGCUCCCUUCGUCGCCCCGGGCCUUCCGACUCCUGGAACCAAAGCAAAGGCCGCGCCCAAGCGACGUCCGCUGGAGCAGAGCCAGCAGAAGGGCGUGGCAGACCUUGAGCCCGAGCAAGCGUCGCCUUCUGAGAGCCCGCGGCAGAGCGAAGGCGAGGCCCAGGACGAGAAGGAGCAGAAGGACAGCGAAGCUGAGGAUGCCAAAGAAGACGAGCAGGAUGAUGAUGAGGAGGCUGAAGUGAUCCAGACCGGAGCUGAAGCCCCGCAACGAGAGGAGAAGAACGAGGACGUUAAUGAAGAAGAGGACGAGAAAAUGGAGGGGGAGGAGAAGGACGAGGAGGACAAGGAAGGAGAUGAGGCCGAGCGUGCGGAGGAGGAAGAGGUGCAAGAGGAGGACGGCAAGAUAGAGAAGAAAGCUGAAAAGUUCUCCUUGACAAAGAUCGUGGAGUUGAUCCGAGAUGUUUACAACCGGCGCAACCCGGCCAAGUUAAGUGAAGUCAAGGACCUUCUGGCCAAGUACCAGGGCCAGGAGAGAGAACUUUAUCGCCUUAUCUGUGAAAAAUAUGGCGAAGAGCCAAAGCUUGCUGCUCUAGAAGACGACAAGUCGGAAGAAAGUCAGAGUGAGAGUGCCAGCGAGAGUGCCAGCAAUGCUCGAGCUGGACAUGGCCGUCGCGCUGGACGCAGACGGCACCGCUCGGGUCGGACCGGUCGACGCAAACACGAGGGCCGCCGUGACCGCGAAAAACGCCGCGAUCGGAGGCGUGAUCGCGAUCGGCGAGAAAGAAGGCAGGAAAGCCGUCGAAAACCAGCAGCUGGAAAAGCCGGCAAAGCUGAGGAGACAAGGCUCACUGCAACCCCGGCAGUGAAAGAGACUGUCCGAGAGACGGAGCCACAAGCAAAAGCUGCGCAGGAGCCGCCAGAGGACUCAGCCGCCAGCCGGAAAGGUUUUGCCAAGAAGUCUUCAGCUCCUGCGCCGCCAGCAACGACACCUGCCUCAGUGGCGGCACCUCUUUCCCCCACAGCAGCUACGGCACCUGCAGUGCCGGCCCCUAUGCCACCCGCUGCGCCCACGCGCGUGGGCCGACCCGUUGCGGGUCCACCUGGCGGACCCGGCCGGCCUCGGCCGCUCCUUGCCCCGCCGCCCGGUGACUUCGCACCAGGUCCUCGCCCGCCGGUGGCGCGUCCUUUGGCUCCUCCACCCGGGUCCUGGUCGAAUCCCUCUUUUCCGAAGAGGCCAGCAGUCUCGAAGGCGAAGGGUGGCCUGGCACCACAAACGGCGGCCCCAAAGAUGGCGACGCCAGCUUUUAACCGCAAGCCUGCCAAAGGCGGCAAAGAGAAAGAAGACACCAGCACCUGUCCGGUGUUGGAUGUCGGUCCAGAAAACUCCUCAUCCUACACGUCCUCCGAGCUUUCCGAGAGCGAAGAGGUUGCUUUGCCUUUACCACCCUCGGCGAAGGCACCAGUUGCCGUGGCCAAGCCGCCGGCUGUUGUCAAGAAGGUGGAGAGCAGCAGCAGUGAGGUGAGCAGCUCCGAUUCGGGAGCUGAAGUUCCCGCUGCACCCGCCCCUGGAGGACUGAGGCUGUCCCCGUCCAUCUCGCCAGCCAGACUGCGAGAGGCAUUGGCUGGCAAACGAAAUGUCGAUGCAGCCAUUCUGGAUCGCUAUCAUCAGGUGUUUUGCAGUUGA